AUGAAAAUAUCACACCUUGUGUUCCUCUUUGUUCUAACUCUUUCUUUCUUUGUUUCAUGGGGAGCCACAUCCCCCUUCGAUGUUGAUGAUUCAGUAGAUUUAAUAAGUUGCCUCAAAUAUAAAACCAACAAUGUCACCUUCAUCUCUCAACUCGUUUUCACCCCCCUCAAUUCUUCUUUCCAGUCCAUUUGGGAAGCUAGAGUCAACAAUCUUAGGUUCAUUAAACCCACCACCCCUAAACCAUCCGUCAUCGUGACUCCCAUCGACGAAACACAGAUCCAAACCACUCUUUUCUGCACCAAGAGACACGGAUACCAGAUUAGGAUCAGGUCGGCAGGACAUGACUUCGAAGCCAUCUCGUCUUCUGCUGUAGUGCCGUUUGUCAUGCUUGAUCUUGUCAACAUGAAGUCUAUAGAUGUGGAUGUUGGAAACAAGACUGCAUGGGUCCAGCCUGGUGCACGGCUUGGUGAGCUCUACUACAGUAUUUCUCAAAAGACCAACACCUUGUACUUCCCGGCUGGUGUCUGCCCCACGGUGGGUGUGGGCGGGUACAUGGGCGGCGGUGGGUAUGGAAACCUGGUGAGGAAAUAUGGGACUGCUGCUGAUAAUGUUUUGGAUGUUCGGUUCAUGGAUGUCAAUGGAAAUAUUUUGGACAGGAAGUCGAUGGGCGAAGAUUUGUUUUGGGCGCUUCGUGGUGGUGGUACUUCCAGCUUUGGAAUAGUUCUUGCAUGGAAGCUGAGGUUGGUGCCAGUGCCAGAGAUCGUGACUGUUUUCGGGGUGAAUGUAACACUUGAAGAAAAUGCGACAGAUAUUUUCUAUAAAUAUCAAUAUGUAGCACCAAGAUUGGAUCCGGAUUUGCUUAUAAGAGUUCGGAUAUUCGGCGAAUUUAUAGGCAACACUACGAAUAAAACGAUCCGAUUGUUGUUUCAAGGACUUUAUCUUGGCAAAACUGAUAGCAUGCUUCAAUUGCUAGACAAAAGCUUCCCGGAGCUCAAGGUGAGACGAGAGAAUUGCGAAGAAAUGAGCAUGGUCCAGUCAAGUAUUGUAUUAGCAGAUCAGGGAUGGUCCAGCUCGACCCCAACCGAGGCUAUUGCAAACCAAUCUGCCAUCGUGAGGCUGUACUGGAACUACAAAAUAAAACUAGACUAUGUUAGGACUCCAAUCCCUAAAAGCGGGCUUAGAAAGAUCUGGAGAAAGAUAUUUGAAAACGACCAAUCAGUGAUGUUGGUCGUAUACACUUUUGGAGGGAAGAUGGAGGAGUACUCGGAAACAGCUAUCCCUUAUCCUCAUAGAGCUGGGGUGUUGUUCCAGCUGCUUAAGGGUGUGAAUUUUGCCGAUCAAACUUCAGACACGACCCCAACGUCGCUCAAACGGAUACAAUGGCUGCAAAGUUUGGAAAAGCUUUUGGAGCCAUACGUAUCAAAGAACCCAAGGGAGGCAUAUAUAAACUACAUUGAUCUUGAUUUGGGUGUUGGAAGGGACACUUAUGAGGAAGCAAGCGUUUGGGGUGAGAGGUAUUGGAAGAGAGAAAAUUUUAAAAAGUUGAUUCGAAUCAAGGCCAAAGUGGAUCCAGAGAAUUUCUUUAGGCACCCACAAAGUAUACCGGUUUUUGACUAUCCACUUGUUGCGAGUAGUUGAAGACAUGUAGAAAGCAUAUAAAUUUGCAAUUUUCAACCGGUUCUAGUUCAAGUACUUUUUUUUUUGUUGAAUAAAUUUGCAAUUAAUAAGUGUGGGAGUUUUAAGUGGUUACUUUGACAAUUAUUGUCCUUAAUCCUAGCAUUUUAUGGUGGGAUAAUAAUUUGUUAUCAUUAUUUUGAUCGAUUGUAUAAAAGUUUUAAGAAAACCACAUGUGAACCAUUUA